AUGAAGCUUGCUGCCUUCGUAAUAUCACUUUCUCUAGGACUUGCCAACAGCGAACCAUUAUCAACCAGCAAUUGUCGCGUCCAAGCAUGGGUGCGAGCAGAAGAUCUUGCCCCUGAGACGACUUCCCAUGGGGAGUUGCGUAUCAAGGUCGCUCCUGCGAACUGCGCCAGCAAAGUUGCUUCCGUUGCGCUCCGUCUCAGCCUCGAUGAGUUCGCCGAGGUCAAGCAUCUCCGUCGUGGCGCACAACUGCCGCAAAUCGUCAAAGCUGACAACCAGACGCGACCGGACUCCGCAGACCCCUGGAUGUUCCAAACCCGCUCUCAAGACAAGGAGACUGUCUAUAACUACACCGCGUAUGACCACACAAUGAGCGACCCUGCAUUCUGGAUCGUCAAGGCCGAACAGCGCAAAACAUGGACCACUGAGAGGACUUUGUUCGGAGACGAUCAAGACUUCACCAAGCCACAAGUCACUCCGUUCGUAGUUGUCUCUCCAGCAGUCAAUUUUCCUCCUGCUGUCCCCAAUCGUAGGGGUGGGUCAAGCGGUGGGCCGAUAAGAGGACAUGCAGACUCCGAUCUGGGUUAUCACUACGUGGCAAUCGUGACAUUUGCAGACGGGAGCAUCGUUGAAAAACAUGCUGGGCACACAAACUUUGUCCCAAGGUUUGCGAAGUUGAAGCCAACCAAGGAGGCUCGACCGUUCGUCGCUACAGAGCACUUCAUAGAUAAAACCAACACCCUGCAUCAAGAGCUUCCCGCUGUGCAAAAAGAUAUGGAACGCAGGGAAAGGUGUUUUCCCGCGGCCGAAAGGUCUGUUUAUGUUGCGAGCAUCAAAUUAGACCAUGGAAACGUUGUGCAGAAAGGGCAAAAGCUGAAAGGCAGGGUGUUCGUCAGAGGCACAGCAGGUUCUACGACGAUGUCGCGCAUCUCUGUGCAGCUCCACACCAUACGGACCACGGACUGGGCCCAGAGGGAAGCGUUUUCAGGCGGCGACAGGGAAUUUGUUGACCCUAACCAACUUUUCCCUUCUGAUCAGCGCACAAUUUCCGCUGCAAGUGGAGAAUAUCUCUUCCACGACCACGGCGCAGACGACCCGUACCGCGUCUUCCGGUCAACAUUCAAGGUUGUCGACAGUGGGGUGAUCAACAACAAUAAGCCCUACUUCGACUUUUCCCUCGACAUACCAGACGAUAUCAUGCCCACAUUCACAACUUACUAUGGAUCCACCGCUGCCAACCUGACCGUCGCUCUCUCAGCAGUCUAUUCACGCGAGAUUGCCCGCUGCCUGCGAGAUACCAUCCCCUCCAACGAAGAUAACCUUCUUGACUUGGAUGAUGCCUCGCGCUGCCUCAAAAGGCGAUGA